UCGCGCACCUGCACUGGGAAAUCAAAUCGCGUGACGGAAACGGCCAUGGCGUUCACGGACUGCGAGUACCUGGAGUACCUGACCCCGUUCUUCUUUUACUUUGGCGUGGCCGCCUUCGCCUACUGUUUCCUCAAGCUCGCCAUAACCACCCUGGGCGGCUUCAGAGUUCACGUGCUGGGACGCCUGCUCGGCCCGGCUGUCGACGUGACCAAGUUCGGACGCUGGGCCGUUGUCACUGGAGCCACGGAUGGAAUUGGAAAGGCUUAUGUGGAGCAGCUAGCCCGUAAAGGCCUCUCCAUCGUGCUUAUCAGCCGGUCCCAGGAGAAGCUGGAACGAGUGGCGCAGGAAAUCCGCGAAAGAUUCAAGGUGGAGACGAAGACCGUGGCUGUGGACUUCACCGCGAGCGAGGAGAUCUACCCCAAGGUGCUGGCCGCGCUCCGAGACCUGCCCGUCGGGGUUCUGGUGAACAAUGUGGGGAUCUCCUACACCUACCCUGAGUACUUCUUGGACAUCCCCAAUCUGGACGAUAUGAUCAAGAACAUACUGAACGUGAAUGUCUUGUCUGUGCUGAAGAUGACUCAGAUCAUCCUGCCGGGAAUGCUGGAGCGGAAGGGCGGCGUCAUCAUAAACAUCUCGUCGGGGUCUGCCCUGUUCCCCGUGCCGCUGCUGUCUCUCUACUCCGCCACCAAGGUGUUUGUGGAUUUUUUCUCUCGGGGCCUCAACACCGAGUACAAGUCCAAGGGCAUCAUCGUCCAGAGCGUGCUCCCGUUCUACGUCAAGAGUAACAUGUCCAGGAUCCAGCGGGCGACGCUGAACAUGCCGGAGGCGGAGACGUUUGCGUGUUCCGCGCUGGCCACCGUGGGACGGCAGAGCCGCACCUACGGAUAUCUGCCUCACGCGCUGCAGGCUUGGCUGUCUAACAUGGUGCCCACGUGUCUGGCUAUGAAGACGAUACUCAAACUGAACCAGGGCAUACGCGCUCGCUACCUCAAGAAAUACGGGAAGAAGUGAUCAGCACCACGGGGCUAGCCAAAAUAGUCCUGCACACACACGCACGCACCCCUCUGCCUGCCGUUUCAUAGCGACUUAUGUUCAAAAGUGGAGAGCGUCAACUUGUGCGUGGAGGAGUUGAUUAUCAUUUAGUUUCUCCUUCAAACGUUUCAGUUUAGUUUUUUUUCUUUCGAGGGUAAUCCAACGACGGAUACGGAGUAGAUAAAGACAGGCAGACACCGACAGUAAAAAAAUAAACUAUGCAGUACAGAUGAGAUGGUACAAGUAAGACAAAAACAAUUGAUUAUUUGAUGGAAUCGCGACCCCUCCAAUAUUUACGUUUCUUGGCAAGACUGUGGAUUGGUGAAUAGUUACAUUCCUAGGAGGGACAGCGCUGGGAACGUGUGAAUGAGUUAGGUGCUUCUAUCGCACGCUUGAUUUGCGCCGCGAUGCGUGUGCGCUUGCGUUUACGUGUUGUUGUAUUAGAACAGGUAGUCAGUCAUAGCACUUGCCCCUUAUCAUCUGCAAGGCUACCUUGGGGGAAUAGGAGUUUGUCUUCUAUUUUGGGGCUUUGGUUUCUGCUAAUUGUGGUGUUGGUUUUAAAGCUAAACAUUUGAGCUGCAUUGCACUAUUAAUCAACCGGUUAUUCCACUCGCUAUGUAAUUGUGCUUCUGUAGUGAGAAUUAAAGUGUUGCGCUACCACCAUAGUUGAAUCACAGCUUUGGUUAACGGCAACGUGGGAUAACCGCCGCUUUGGAUGACUUAAAAUAGUGGGCGAGCGAUUUGUGAGACUGAAACGUAAAAAAAAUAAAAAUUGAUUUCAUUUAAGCGACGCAAAUGCCUUGUCAUGGGAGGCGAACGCUUUGUGCGUUGUCCAGAGUUUAAACUUUGGGGGCUUCCGCAGCCGCAGCGUUGUGCACUUGGGCAAGCUCGGGGAAUGGUUUACGAGUCGUGCGGCGCGUGUGACGGCGGCAGGUGUCGCUGGAGGAAACUAUAAAGUCGCGUUUUUGUGUGUGUGCCGGAUGCGGUGAUUGGCGGCGGUAAAAGUAAGACUGCGUCGGUUUGUUUUGUGCAGCCGGUGCGGAGUCGAGGGGAAUUAAAAGAACGUGGAUUGAAAUGAUUCGGUUUGUUUUAUGUGGGUGAGAAACAAUUGAGCCUCAAAGCUGAUUUGCAAGCAUGACCUGUUGGGGGUAGACCUUGGUGGGGAAAAAAAUAAGUUACAGCAAAUCGUUAACAUUGCAGACACCGAGGAAGGAAAUGCAUUUGAAGAAUUUAAACAUAAGAAUAGGUUUUACCCUUCGUGGCAAUCAAAUAGCGGGUGUUAAGAUGUUCAAACACCAAAUAUCAGCCUUUUUGCAAGGAAUCAAGUUCGCAUUAACCACACGCAGUUCUUGCGGUGAACAUGCAAACACAAACAUGCUGUGAUAAUAUAUUGGCAUUGUCUAUUGAGGCAUCUGAUUUUAUUGCCAGGUAGGGUAAAAACCUUUGAUACUGGCAAAAAGGUCCCAUUUUGAAGCAUUUGAAGAAAUUCACCGUUCAAGUGCAAGCACCAUUCAAGUAUCAUUGGCAGCAGCUAAUGCAGAAAUGUAACCCUAACUGACGCGGGCAGGUUCGCUUGUGAAUCGCUCCUGCCCAAAUUGUGAAUUUACGGGGAAUCGUCGAGUUUUCUUUAAAUUUAUAUCUAAAUAUUGAUGUAGUGGAAACUGGCAGGAUAUUAGCACACCUCUUGGGAGGUGAAUUUUAUAGUGUGCCUAUAUAGUGCUUGUGGUGACCUUUGCAUAUGAUGGACAAAUAAAAUUCCUGCUGAUUGCCUAA